AUGGAUUCUGAUUCAGACUACGGAGACGAGGAGACGAGGAGACGAGGACGGGCCCGUGCAAAACUGAUUCAGCCACUGGUGCUUUCACACUUAGACCUAGCCUCUGUGGUUUGGUCCAACACCGAUCUAAAUAAUCUAGAUAAGGUACAAAGUGCACAAAACAAGGCAGCGCGCAUGGUGCUGGGGAGUCCUUUCAACACCUGUCUCCCACCUCUCACCCGUCUCCCACCUGUCUCCCACCUCUUACCUGUCUCUUACCCGUCUCCCACCUGUCUCUCACUUGUCUCCCACCUCUUAUCUGUCUCUUACCUGUCUCUCACCCGUCUCCCACCUGUCUCCCACCUCUUAUCUGUCUCUUACCUGUCUCUCACCCGUCUCCCACCUGUCUCCCACCUCUUAUCUGUCUCUUACCUGUCUCUUACCUGUCUCCCACCUGUCUCUCACUUGUCUCCCACCUCUUAUCUGUCUCUUACCUGUCUCUCACCCGUCUCCCACCUGUCUCCCACCUCUUACCUGUCUCUUACCUGUCUCUUACCUGUCUCUUACCUGUCUCUCACCCGUCUACCACCUGUCUCCCACCUCUUACCUGUCUCCCACCUGUCUCCCCCCUCUUAUCAGUCUCUUACCUGUCUCCCACCUCUUACCUGUCUCCCACCUGUCUCUCACUUGUCUCCCACCUGUCUCUCACCCAUCUCCCACCUGUCUCUCACCUCUUAUCUGUCUCUUACCUGUCUCUUACCCGUCUCCCACCUGUCUCUCACCUCUUAUCAGUCUCUUACCUGUCUCCCACCUCUUACCUGUCUCCCACCUGUCUCUCACCCAUCUCCCACCUGUCUCUCACCCAUCUCCCACCUGUCUCUCACCUCUUAUCAGUCUCUUACCUGUCUCCCACCUCUUACCUGUCUCCCACCUGUCUCUCACUUAUCUCCCACCUGUCUCUCACCCGUCUCCCACCUGUCUCCCCCCUCUAAUCUGUCUCUUACCUUUUCUUACCUGUCUCCCACCUCUUACCUGUCUCCCACCUGUCUCUCACCUCUUAUCUGUCUCUCACCCGUCUCCCACCUGUCUCUCACCUCUUAUCAGUUUCUUACCUGUCUCCCACCUCUUACCUGUCUCCCACCUGUCUCUCACCUCUUAUCUGUCUCUCACUUGUCUCCCACCUGUCUCUCACCCGUCUCCCACCUGUCUCUCACCUCUUAUCUGUCUCUCACCCGUCUCCCACCUGUCUCCCCCCUCUUAUCUGUCUCUUACCUGUCUCUUACCUGUCUCCCACCUGUCUCUCACCUCUUAUCAGUCUCUUACCUGUCUCCCACCUGUCUCCCACCUGUCUCCCCCCUCUUAUCUGUCUCUUACCUGUCUCUUACCCGUCUCCCACCUGUCUCACCUCUUAUCUGUCUCUUACCUGUUUCUCACCCGCCUCGCACCUGUCUCCCACCUCUUAUCUGUCUCUUACCUGUCUCUCACCCAUCUCCGACCUGUCUCCCACCUCUUAUUUGUCUCUUACCUGUCUCCCACCUGUCUCUCACUUGUCUCCCACCUCUUUCUGUUUCUUACCCGUCUCCCACCUGUCUCCCACCUCUUAUCUGUCUCUUAUCUGUCUCCCACCUCUUACCUAUCUCCCACCUGUCUCUUACUUGUCUCCCACCUCUUACCUGUCUCUUACCCAUCUCCCACCCGUCUCCCACCUCUUAUCUGUCUCUUACCCGUCUCCCACCUGUCUCCCACCUCUUAUCUGUCUCUUACCUGUCUCUUACUCAUCUCCCACCUGUCUCUCACUUGUCUCCCACCUCUUAUCUGUCUCUUACCCAUCUCCCACCUGUCUCCCACCUCUUAUCUGUCUCUUACCCAUCUCCCACCUGUCUCCCACCUCUUAUCUGUCUCUUAUCUGUCUCUCACCCAUCUCCCACCCGUCUCCCACCUGUCUCCCACCUCUUAUCUGUCUCUUACCUGUCUCUUACCUGUCUCUUACCCAUCUCCCACCUUUCUCUCACCUCUUAUGUGUCUCCCACCUGUCUCCCACCUCUUAUCUGUCUCUUACCUGACUCUUACCUGUCUCCCACCUGGCUCUUGCCUGUGUCUUACCCGUCUCCCACCUCUCACCUGUCUCCCACCUGGCUCUUACCUGUGUCUUACCCGUCUCCCACCUCUUACCCGUCUCUGACCCGUCUCCCACCUCUUACCUGUCUCCCACCUGUCUCUCACCUGUCUCCCACCUGA